GAACGUGUUCUCCGCUGUGCCUGAUGGGGCCAAUCGGCUGCCAGUAGCUGUUGCCGCUGGGGGAAUCUCUCGUUACCGCCGGCGCCGCUGUCGUCCCUGCCGCCUCAUGGCGGCCAUCGGAGUUCACCUGGGCUGCACAUCAGCCUGUGUGGCCGUCUAUAAGGAUGGCCGGGCUGAUGUGGUUGCAAAUGACGCAGGUGAUAGAGUUACUCCAGCUGUUGUUGCUUACUCAGAAAAUGAAGAGGUUGUUGGACUGGCAGCAAAACAAAGUAGAAUAAGAAAUAUUUCAAAUACCGUGAUGAAAGUAAAGCAGAUCCUUGGCAGAAGCUCCGAUGAUCCACAAGCUCAGAAAUACAUUACGGAAAGUAAAUGUUUAGUCAUUGAAAAAAAUGGGAAAUUACGAUUCAAAAUAGAUACUGGAGAAGAAACAAAAUUUGUUAAUCCAGAAGAUGUUGCCAGACUGAUAUUUAGUAAAAUGAAAGAAACGGCACAUUCUGUCUUGGGCUCAGAUGCAAAUGAUGUAGUUAUUACUGUUCCAUUUGAUUUUGGAGAUAAGCAAAAACAUGCUCUUGGAGAAGCAGCUGGAGCUGCUGGAUUUAAUGUUUUGCGGUUAAUACAUGAGCCAUCUGCAGCUCUUCUUGCAUAUGGAAUUGGACAAGAUUCCCCUACUGGAAAAAGCAAUAUUUUGGUAUUUAAGCUUGGAGGAACAUCCUUAUCUCUCAGUGUCAUGGAAGUUAACAGUGGAAUAUAUCGGGUUCUUUCAACAAACACUGAUGAUAAUAUUGGUGGUGCACAUUUCACGGAAACCUUAGCACAGUUUCUAGCUUCUGAGUUCCAGAGAUCCUUCAAACAUGAUGUGAGAGGAAAUGCCCGAGCCAUGAUGAAAUUGAUGAACAGUGCUGAAAUUGCAAAACAUUCCUUGUCAACCUUGGGGAGUGCCAACUGUUUUGUUGACUCAUUGUAUGAAGGUCAAGAUUUUGAUUGCAAUGUGUCCAGAGCAAGAUUUGAACUUCUUUGUUCUCCACUUUUUCAUAAAUGUAUAGAAGCAAUCAGAGAACUCUUAGAUCAAAGUGGAUUUACAGCAGAUGAUAUCAACAAGGUUGUCCUUUGUGGAGGGUCUUCUCGAAUCCCAAGGCUACAGCAGCAGAUUAAAGAUCUUUUCCCGGCUGUUGAACUUCUCAAUUCCAUCCCUCCUGAUGAGGUUAUCCCUAUUGGUGCAGCUAUAGAAGCAGGAAUUCUUAUUGGGAAAGAAAACCUGUUAGUGGAAGACUCUCUUAUGAUAGAAUGUUCAGCCAAAGAUAUUUUAGUUAAGGGAGUGGAUGAAUCAGGGGUCAGCAGAUUCACUGUACUAUUUCCAUCGGGCACUCCUUUACCAGCUCGAAGACAACACACAUUACAAGCCCCUGGAAGUAUUUCUUCAGUGUGCCUUGAACUCUAUGAGUCUGAGGGGAAAAAUUCUGCAAAAGAGGAAACCAAGUUUGCACAGGUUGUUCUCCAGGAUUUAGAUAAAAAAGAAAAUGGAUUACGUGAUAUAUUAGCUGUUCUUACUAUGAAAAGGGAUGGAUCCUUACAUGUGACAUGCACAGAUCAAGAGUCUGGAAAAUGUGAAGCAAUCACUAUUGAGGUGGCAUCUUAGUGUUUUGGAGAAACCAAGAAUGUUUUACAAAUAUAAUGUCAACAUUAUUGGGUCUUGUGUAUAAGUGGUGUUUAUGUUAAAAUACUUUUUCAAUGAAUUAUAUAAGCUAUGUUUUAUUAAACUACAAUAUAUUGCUAA